UAACAAUAUAUUAACUUUUUUAGCUGGGCAUCUCUAAGAAGGUGACGGCACCCUUGUUGCUCUACUAGCCGUCAUCCCUAACCUUCCCACCCUUCUUCUCUCCUUCUCCCUCACUCCUCACGGUUGCAGCAGCCCAGCCACAGCAGAGGCCACGUGAGACUCCCCACGAACGUGGAUCAUCCGACAGCCAGCCACGUAGCAGUAGCCCAGCGUCCUCCCUCCUAGCAGCAGCCACGGCUGCGUUUGCCCCCCCAACAACAGCAGGCUGCUGUGACGCCAAGUUUAGCACCACCGCGCGGCUUUCCUCCAUCAUCACACACGGUGGUUCGUAUCACCACCACAAGAACCACCGACUCCUUGACCCAUUUCCUAGUUUCACCCAUUGUUCCCAGUUCUUAAGAGGAAAGUAGAACCUUAGUUGGGUGACUUUGGUAACUUUUGGUCGUGCAGUGACGCUUACAGAUGAAAAUGGCAAUUUUUCAUUCAAGAAAAUGGCUUUCAAGAGCCUUCUCAUCUCUUACCUCCACCCCACUCCGCGUUUGCGUUGUUGGCAGUGGACCUGCUGGAUUUUAUACUGCAGAGAAGAUGCUGAAAGCACAUCAGGAGGCUGAAGUUGAUAUUUUGGAUCGAUUACCUACUCCAUUUGGACUAGUUCGUUCUGGUGUUGCUCCUGAUCAUCCUGAAACUAAGAUUGUUACGAAUCAGUUUACAAAGGUUGCAAAAAAUGAUCGUUGCAUGUUCCUUGGAAAUGUGAAUCUUGGAUCAUCUGUGUCACUAAAGCAGCUUCGAGAUUUGUAUCAUGUGGUAGUGCUUGCAUAUGGUGCUGAAAGUGACCGAGCUCUUGGUAUUCCUGGAGAGGAUUUGAAGGGGAUAUACUCAGCUAGGGAAUUUGUGUGGUGGUACAAUGGACAUCCAGAUUGUAGGAACUUAGCUCCAGACUUGCAGAGUACUGAUACAGCUGUUAUUCUUGGCCAGGGCAAUGUGGCCCUUGAUGUUGCUCGGAUCCUACUAAGACCCACAGCUGAACUGGCAGUGACUGAUAUUGCGAGUCAUGCACUGGCUGCUUUGGAGAAGAGUUCAAUAAGGAAAGUUUAUUUGGUUGGAAGGCGCGGUCCAGUACAGGCAGCUUGUACGGCAAAAGAAUUACGUGAAAUACUGGGUAUUAAAAAUUUGUAUAUCAACAUUCAAGAGUCUGAUCUUUGCACUAGCCCUGUGGAUGAGGAAGAAAUGAGUAAAAGUCGAAUUCGGAAAAGGGUGUAUGAAUUACUAUGCAAGGCAGCGAUUGCAAGGCCUGUGAACAGUCCUGCUACUGGUCAACGUGAGCUCCACUUUGUUUUCUUUCGGAAGCCAGACCGAUUUUUUGAAUCAGAGAAGAAAAAUGGCUAUGUUGCUGGUGUUCACUUUGAGAAGACAACCCUUAAAGCGGAUUCAGGUCUACAGCUUGCUGUUGAAACUGGAGAAUUUGAAGACAUAGAAUGUGGGUUGGUGCUGAAGAGUAUUGGCUAUAAAUCUGUGCCAGUGGAUGGCUUGCCUUUCGAUCCAGAUAGAGGUGUUCCAAACUCAAGAGGGCGAGUAUUGCGAAACGCUUCAGGCAAUGAUGUGCUUCUUGAGGAGGGUUUGUAUGUCUGUGGGUGGUUGAAGAGGGGACCAACAGGAAUCAUUGCAACAAAUCUGUAUUGUGCAGAAGAAACGGUUGCCAGCAUAAUGGAGGACCUUGCUCAUGGACCAUUAAAGUCAACAGCAAGCUCCCCAAAGCCAGGUAGAGAAGGACUUCUUCAUUUAUUAGAUGAUCGCACAGUCACAGUGCUGCCAUUUAGUGCCUGGGAAAAGAUUGACUCUGAAGAGAAGACGCGGGGGAGCAUAAAAGACAAGCCCAGAGAAAAAUUAUGUUCUUGGGAAGAGCUGAUGAAAGUUGGAUUUGAAUGAUUCAACUAUACCUUACUAACUUCCUGAUUUCUGUGGAAUGUAGAAGUUUACAGCUUCUAAUUUUUGUUCAAAACCAUUAAUAUUGUUUUAUAGGACUAAAAUCAUGAACCUAGCUCGCCGAGAUAUCUAGCUGACAACAUUUACCUGUUAGCUUAAAUUUAUAUUUUUGGUCUGCUCAAACCGCUUAUAGAACUUGCCAUCCUUGUAAGAAACUUUGAGCAACUCUGAGCAAUAAUUUUAUCGAAAAACGGCGCUUGGGAUGAGUUCCUGUAAUUGUAACUUGUUAAUCAUUGCUUUUUGAAAUUUUUAUUACUAAAAUUAGUAUUUUAUUAUGUCUAUGUGAGAUUUUUGAACCUUAGUCAUCUGCAGGAAUGAUUGACAGUUUUGCAUCUAUCUUUAUUACUAAUGUAUUUAUGCAAGUACAGUUUUGAACCUUAGUGUACAUUUUCAGGAACUGAAUAAGAUUUCAAGCCGCUUUCCUCGAAUUCAAAGUAAUUGCGGCAAGCGCAGUUAGUGAUGCAUUGGUGAGGUGAUUCAAUAGAGGGAUGUUAUGUCAUGACAUUUUGAUGAUUCCCUCCAUAUGUGGACUAUUCUGUUGGGGGUCUUCAAUGGAACAUGGUAUGUUUUCCAUUCUCAGAAAAGUUUUUCCAAGGGGACCACAAUUUGAAUGCCGUUAAUAAUGCAUACUUGCCUAGAAUUGACUAAUUUCACUAUUUCAUGGCAUGCCUUGCCCCCCAUAACACCCCUCCAAAAAAAUUUACGACUUGAUCACGUUGAAUUGUUGUACUUUGCUGAUUUUCAACGUGAACGUAAUUAUCAAUGGAGGUGUUGAGAGUUCUGAGCCGAUACGAUCAACUUUGGACUCGAUCCUUAUUCACGGACUUCCCCUUCAUCUACUCGGUUGCUACAUAAAACCAAUUAUGGCCCCUCCUUGCCCUACAGAAAAGAGGUUGACUUAAUUUGUGUCAUGGAUUGAACCAAGUUGAGAUUCAAGAAAGCGUAGCAAUCAACAAGGGUGUUAUGAAAAAAAAGGAAAUACGCCUUCUGCCUGGACCUUGUCUAGACUGAAAAAACCCCUUAUUUUGUCAAGGUAGCAAUACACAUGUAUGUGGAUUGUGAUUGAUCUAUGAUUGUGACAAUAUGACCUCUUUUACAUUUUUUGUUUGAUUGGUUUAGUGGGUAAGCUGAGAUUAAGAGUUAGUACCCAGACUUUUUGGGUUAUUUAGAUUAAACCCAAUAAGAAUUUUGACUGUAAUACACUAAUGAGCUUGAUUAUGGGCAACUUUUGUGACGGUGCCAUUCCGAUUUUCUCAUCUUCCCUCGUUC